AGGUGUUUAACUUUUAGAUUAGACUUUAGAGCAAACUUUGAUGGUACAAACUGAAAGUUCAACUUCAAACUAUUAUAUGUGGAAAGCGGAAAAAUGGCAUCAUCAACUAAUCAAAUUAGUCUAGUGUACCGUCUGGUGGCAAAUUAAAGUAGAUCUACUGGCGGCACAGUAGAUUUCUAUCAUAGGAACUGCGGGCCAUGGCCAAGUCGGAUGCCACAAUGGGUAUACCAUGGUCAUCUAACUAUAGCGAGAUCAACCGACCUCCAUUCACAGUAGUUAUACCCAAUGGAGAACUGGCUCAGAUCCAACAGUGGGUACGCAAAUACCCUAACAUAGAAACGGGAGGAGAUCUAUUCGGACUUUGGUCACAAGACAACACCGCCGUCGUGCAACUUGUGCUUGGUCCAGGAAAAAACAGUCGUCGCACAUCGGUAUCCUACUAUCAAGAUACACAAUACCUCGCCAAGGCUGGCUCUGUUUUGACCCAGCAGUAUGGUCUUUGUCAUAUUGGUGAGUGGCACUCUCAUCACACGCUGGGCUUGGCUCAUCCAAGUGGUGGGGACCAAAACACGGUUUGGAGCAACAUGCCCAACAACGGUUUUAAGCGUUUUAUUAUUUGCAUUGCAAACUUGGACAGCGAAAUAAGAAGCAGGAAGUCGAAGGUAGGGGGAGCUCUCCCAGUAGGUUUGGGAUGCUUUCUAUUUGAAGCGAAAAAUACCCGGACGUGGGAACGCUAUGACAUGAUGCAAGGAUCUUUUGACGUCACUGAUGGACAGGGCCCCUAUAGACAGCUAGGAGAUCUGUCACUGAUGAUCAAGGAAGGAGCUGAGUCGAUCAACAAGUAUCACCAAGUAGGUUUCAAAGAUGUGCAACAUGGCUCGAGAAGGCACGAAGGCGGUAGUAUACUGCUCUACAAUAAAGAUGAAGACUUUGGUGACGAAGUAUUGGAGGGGUUGCCACAUAAGGGCCAUCAGCAACAUAAAUUGGUGUCACCUUCAAAGAAGCCUGUGACGCAGAAACAGCAACACAAGCAAUCUACUCAAACAGGUAUGACCAUCACUGUUGAGUCAGCCAAAAAUUCAAACAUAAAGAACAUGUGGGCAACCAUGAAUGACUACCGCAAGAAAGUCUUUGAACAUCUUAAGGAUGAAUUGAAGGGUCAACUAGUGCAAGAGAUUGAUGCAAUAACUGUCUCUUUUAUGGUAGAAGUGCCACAUUUCAGUCAGCUGGCUUGCCGGUUGGUGUGUGAACUACAACAGAAUCAUGUGUUAAGAUUAUACCUUUCAGGAUCCACACCAGAAUUCAGAGAAAUCAGACUUUUCGAUCAAUCACAUGAUGCUGAUCCAGUUCAGUUAGUAAAAGAUGAAGUGAAAAAAUGUGUUACUGUGGCAGUAGAUGCAAUCAUAGCUGCUAAGUUAACUGCUACCAAAGCUACACCUGUCAUACAACAACAACAACAACAACAACAACAACAACAACAAGAACAAGUACCACAACAAGAACAACAGAAAGGACAACACGAACAAGUACAACAACAACAACAACAACAACAACAACAACAACAAGUACCACAACAAGAACAACAAAAAGGACAACACAAACAAGUACAACAACAACAACAACAACAACAACAACAACAACAACAUGAACAACAAGGACAACUAGAACAAGUACAACAACAGCAAGAACAACAAGAAAAAGUGGCACAACAAGAACAACAGAAAGGACAACAAGAACAAGCACAACAACAAGAACAAGAACAAGUACAACAACAACAACAUGAACAACAAGGACAACUAGAACAAGGACAACAACAACAACAACAACAACAACAACGACGACAAGUGCAACAACAAGAACAACAACAACAAAAAGGACAACAAGAACAAGCACAACAACAACAAGAACCACAAGGACAACUAGAACAAGAACAAGAACAACAACAACGACAAGAAAGACAAGUACAACAACAAAAUCAAGAACAAGAACCAACUCCCCAGUCUACAAAGGAUGAUCAUAGCCCAUGUUUAAGCUAAUUUUCCCACCAAUUUUCAUAGACUUAAUUGAGACAGACAGCAUUGCAGUUUUGAAACUGUGCACCUGUCUAUGAGUGCGUAUAUGUGUCUAGCGAAUUACAUUGUCAACCUCUUGCUAUUACCCCAAUUAGAACUGUGAUGACGUACCUUUAAUUUCCUUCUAGAGUGCCUUGAAAUUCUUCCUAAUUAUAAUCUUGUCUACAUAAAUCUGACUACUAACUCGACA